AAUUGCUACUGAUAACAUUGGGUAGAGAAUACCCUUAAUGUACAAAUUUUGUAUCAUGUAAACAUGUUUAAAUACAUCGAUUAUUUCGAAGUGCGCAUCAUAUUUCAAUAAGGUUGACUGUACGUUUUACCUACAUUAUUUACCUUCGGAGCUUAUCCAAAUAACCGAGGACGGUGCAGGUGCGUACUGCGUGUACAUAGUACUCGUACAGCAUCCUAAAAUAUACAUAUGUAGUAAAAUGAUAAACUGAGCUUCACAGUGGCAAGUGGCAAAUGGCAAAUGACAACGUUAAUGGUAAGACCGCAAAUAACCCAGCAACUCGUGCUUUUCGCCUAUCUUGUUUUUAGGCAUUGGUAUUGAAAUUAUCACAGCCACGAUCCCCUAUGUGAGCAGACAGCAUUCGAAAUACAGCAUUAUUUAAUCGCUUAAUAUCACAUCGUCAUUCGGGUCAGUCAGUCGACUAUCGUUCGUUCAUCCGCAUUCGUAUCCAUCAGUCAGCUGUACUGGGACCCUCCGAAAUUGUGGAAAAAAACCAACACCUGUGAUCGCGAAAAUGAACCAGUUCGCGGCGUACUUUCUAUUAUUCUGGGCGCACGUCUACCUCGUUGUGGAACCGGUUCAAGGUACGUUUCGUCUUCAGAUAUUGCACAAUAACGAUUUGCACGCCAGAUUCGUCGAGACAGACGUGUACACGGCGAGAUGUCCGGACGAGUGCGUCAAGCAGAAUAAAUGCUACGGAGGUUUCGCUCGUAUGAAAAAGGCCGCCGACGAUGCCCGACAGGAGGCCAAAGCUCAGGGAAUACCCAGCAUCUUCAUCAAUGCCGGCGACACAUUCCAGGAUAUUCCUUACUACACGCUUUACAAAUGGCAAGUUGUUUCCGAAUUGAUCGAUAAACUCGGACUCGACGUUAUGUCAUUGGGCAAUCGCGAAUUCGACGACGGAAUUAACAACCUAGUCGAAUACCUGAAACACGUAACAACACCUGUUGUUUGCGCCAAUCUGAACAUAACCAGCGAAAAACGAUUAGAUUUGCCCAACUUGAGACCGUCAAAAGUUCUAACAGUAGAAGGAAAAAAAAUCGGAGUUAUCGGAUACUUGACACCCGAAACAAAAGAUAUUGCGAAUACGGAAAAUCUGGAAAUAUUCGAAGAAAUACCAUACAUUCGACGCGAAGCACGACGAUUGAAGUCCGAAGGAAUCAAAAUCAUCAUCGCAUUGGGGCAUUCGGGGUUCGACUACGAUAAGAAAAUAGCCGCCCAGGUAGAACAGGUCAGUGUGGUCGUUGGUGGUCAUUCUCAUUCAUUUUUGUACUCGCCAAAGGAUGCAAAACCUAGCGUUGAAUUGGUCACAUCCGAGUAUCCGACAAUGGUGUUCCAAAAAUCGGGGAAAAUAGUCCCAGUAGUGCAGGCGUACGCGUAUAGUAAAUAUUUAGGCAGACUGAUGGUAGACUUCGAUGACGAAGGUAACGUCCUCAGCGCAACCGGAAAUCCGCAGAUGCUUAAUUCAACUAUCAGAAAGAUACGGAUCUUGACACCGAAAUCGCCAAAUGGACCAACUCCCCUUAAUUUCACAUUUUCGCUUGUCUUCAGAAGUUACCUUGUAUGA